UGGUAAACACUCAAAUACAUUUAGUUUACAUUUUUUUCACAAAGGUAGUGCACUGGGCCUUUACUAAUCCUGUAUUAGAGGACCAAUAUUGACACUUCAGCGCGUGCAAAAAAUUCGCAGCACCCCACUCUCAAACUACUUCCRGCGGCUAUGGUGAAUUAUCUCAAUAACUAUUUGAUUAAGAUACAAACAACUCAUCCAGCUGUGUCUUUUCCAGGGUGUUUAAUACUGUUCUUUCAGUACAGCUCUCUGCCCAGAUCUAAACAUGGCUGUUGUUUUUACGAUACUGCCAAUGUUUUUACGAACACACCACUCUGAUGACGCAGGAGCUAUUGUUAACUGCACAACAAUAGUAACCGCGUAGACUCACUGUCAUAUUAAAAUGGUAUACUACGCCCUCUAGUGUUGCGGGAUCAGACAGACUACUGGCCCUCCAGUGAGAGACAAAUACCGUAUAAUAUACAGUGUGGCCUAAGCAUAUCAAUUUGUAGUCGUAUAAUGACAUCCGUUCAGGUCCUCAACUAGCCUACUUCUUUCCAUAUCUUUAUUUGAUCUAAAUGGCAGUGARUUGUCUUCUGUUUGAUAGUCACUAGCCCUGAGAUGAACUCAGAGCUGUUGGUCCUGUAAACCAAGCAUUUUAUGUGAUUCAAAAUUAACAAAUAUUACAGGAUACAAAACUAUGACCAGGAAAGGGUAGUCUAAACUGAAGACAUCAGGAUUGUAAUAGUAACCUAUGGAUGAGCAGAAUAUGUGCCACAGGUUUUAUUUCCUCGUUCAUCUCUCUAUUCAGUCAGUCGCCUUCUCCCCCACUGUUCAGUGUAUCACCUGUACACAGGAAGUCGAAUGGAUAGGCGGCUUGGUUUCUGUCUACAAUAGGCCUAAUAUCGAAAUUUCUUUAGUUACGCUAAAUAAACACAAAUUAGUGUCGGAAUUAAUUAACUUUUCGGAUGUUCUGAUAUCCUUCAGAAUACUUUCUAUAUGGGAAAAAUUACAACCUAUUCGUAAUGACGUGUGGAUUUACCUGCGAGACACCUGUCGCUGUUGCCAUCCUAUUGAAGACAAUGGACCGAGGCUGUCGAUAAUAAUUCUCAAGGCUUGUAGAAGUUGACCGAAACUAGACAAAUAAUAAAAAAAUUCAAGCACAGUGAAAUCAAAUUUGGGUCAAUUUCCACACGUGACGUUCUUCUGUCAUGGAUUCGUUCGAUUCUGGAACGAAGUUUACCCCGAAAACGCAGGAUGAUGACUGGGAAAAUUCUGUCACAUUCUUGCCAGCCCCAGACACCAAGAAGCUGGAGAAAAAUAGAGGGAGUAAAACACUUUUUUUUGGGAUUGGCCUCGUGGGGUUGGCAGCAGUCAUUGCGCUGACGACAGGCCUGCUGGUUUGGCAUUUUCACUUGCGGAGAGGAGAGGUGCGAUUGACAAAGAUGUACAUUGGCUCUGUGAGUAUCACCAACCAAAGAUUUAUAGAUUCCUACGACAACCCCAACAGCAAUGAGUUCAAACAACUGGCCAUGCAGGUGUCACAGCAGCUGAAGGGGAUCUACUCUAAAUACAAAGAUCUGGAUAAAUAUUUAGUGGGAUCCACAGUGCAAGCCUUCAGUGAAGGCAACAGAGGGAGUGAGGACAAUGUAGUGGCCUACUACCUGUCUGAGUUUGAUGUACCGAUCGGUCGGGGGUCUGCAGUGGAUGCAGCUAUUGGCUCCAUGGAUCCGAUGGAGGGAAGUCCGAAGGGGAGGAUGGGGACGGGUCGCCGGCCAUCCAGCUCCCUGCUCAUCAACAAUGUGAUGUCUGGAGCUCUGGAUGCACGUAUGACACAGGCCUUAUUGAAUGCCCCCCAAACCUAUUCCUAUCACAUCAGUGAGAAUCACACGGCCACAUUACAGUCACCUGGCUUUCCUGAUUCUCCAUACCCUCCAAACACAUAUGUGUCGUGGAGACUACAUGCUGACCGAGGCUACAGGAUUAAACUGGAGUUUGACACCUUCAACUUGGAGGCUGACUGUCAGAAUGACUUCAUCAAGGUGUAUGACUCCCUGGUGCCAUUGGAGCAGCAGGUCAUGGCAGAGAAAUGUGGAUAUUACACUCGCAAUGAGCCUCUGUCGUUCAUUUCCUCUGGAAACGUCAUGCUGCUGAUUCUGGUAACCAACAAGCAGAAGAACUUCCCUGGCUUCAGAGCCACCUACUCUCAGGUUCCCCUCAAUAGCCAAGAUUGUGGUGGUCAAUUAUCAGGACUUAAUGGCACCUUCACAUCUCCAAACUUUCCCUCCCAUUACCCACCUCUGACCAAGUGUGUCUGGGACAUUGAGGUCCCAAAAGGGAAGUCUGUCAAGGUGCAGUUCAACAAGCUGUUGAUGUCUGAGCCAGGACAGAACAAUAAUAAUUGUCCUAAGGACUACGUAGAGAUCAACAGUGAAAAGCUAUGUGGCGAUAAGCCAUACAGCACUGUGGUCACCAGCACAGUCAACAAGAUAGUAGUGAUAUUUAACUCUGACAUGUCCUAUGUGGAUUCAGGUUUCACUGCUGAGUUUGAAGCCUUUGUGCCAACUACUCAGUGUGAGCCAGAUCAAAUCAAAUGUAGAAAUGGUCUUUGUAAAGUCAAGUUCUGGCAGUGUGAUGGAGUCAAUGACUGUGGGGACAGCACAGACGAGGAAAACUGUGGGAGUUGUAAAUCAGGUGAGUUUACCUGUCGAACUGGAAGCUGUAUCUCAGAGAGACUGAAAUGUGAUGGCCGUGCUGACUGRGCUGACGGCUCUGAUGAAUCAAAUUGCGCAACAUCUCUAGCCCUGCAAUGCUCCGAGUAUACUUACAAGUGUAAGAACAACAUGUGCAUCAGCAAGCUGAACCCAGAGUGCGAUGAAGAAGAGGACUGUGAUGAUGGCUCAGACGAGGCAGACUGUCAGUGUGGUAUACGGCCUUACAGACACUCCCGUAUUGUGGGUGGGCAGGCCUCCAUUGAGGGGGAGUGGCCCUGGCAGGUUAGCCUUCACAUCCGAGGGUCUAGCCAUGUGUGUGGAGCCUCAGUUAUCAACGACCGCUGGCUCGUCACUGCUGCCCACUGUGUCCAGGAUGACAUCAAAGUCAAGUAUUCUCAACCUCAACAAUGGGAAGCAUACCUUGGACUUCAUGUUCAGAGUCAGACUAACAAGUGGACGCUGAAGAAGAACCUGAAACAGAUCAUCCAGCACCCUGGCUACCAAGCCGACACCUAUGACAAUGACAUAGCUCUUAUGGAACUGGACAGUCCUGUCACACUCAACCAGAACAUCUGGCCAAUCUGCCUGCCCACGGCCAGGCAUUACUUCCCUGCUGGCAAGCCAGUGUGGAUCACUGGCUGGGGGACCACCAGAGAGGGGGGUUUCGAGGCAUCAAUGUUGCAGAAGGCAGAGGUCCGUAUCAUCAAUGCCACAGUAUGUAACACCCUGAUGGAAGGGCAGACCACUUCCAACAUGUUAUGUGCUGGUGUACUGGACGGAGGAGUAGAUGCCUGUCAGGGAGACUCUGGAGGUCCGUUGUCCUCCAUGGAGGACAGUGGACGUUUCUUCUUGGCCGGAGUGGUGAGCUGGGGGGACGGCUGUGCCCGCAGGAACAAGCCUGGCGUCUACACCCAAGUCACCAAAUACAGGGACUGGAUAAAGCAGAAGACUGGGGUGUAGCUGAGAAGACCAGGGUCUAGCUGAGUGGGAAACCUGGUUGUCAAGCCUGAGCAAUACUUAGCCCUCAGAAGAUUGGUCAUUGUCCAAGURUUUUAAAUCAUCAGACCUUUGAUUGAUAUGCAUUAAGGUUAUUAUAGUAAACUAAUGCAGAAACUAAAACAAAAAUGAAUKUUGAAAAAACGAUUUAGUAAACUGAAAUAA